AAAAGAGUAAAAACAAAAUUCGAAGAGGAUGUCUGGGAGAGGCAAAGGUGGAAAGGGAUUGGGAAAGGGAGGAGCUAAGCGUCACCGGAAAGUUCUCCGGGACAACAUCCAGGGGAUUACCAAACCGGCGAUCCGGCGUUUAGCCAGACGAGGCGGUGUCAAGCGUAUUAGUGGUCUUAUUUACGAGGAGACGCGUGGUGUUCUUAAGAUCUUUCUAGAAAAUGUCAUUCGUGAUGCAGUUACAUACACCGAACAUGCUCGCCGGAAAACUGUUACCGCCAUGGACGUCGUAUAUGCUUUAAAGCGACAAGGACGUACUCUGUACGGUUUCGGUGGUUAGGAUAUUAAUUUUGAUGCUUGAAUCCUUCUCUUUUUUGCGGCGUAUUAGAUCUGUAUUGUUCAGUUUUGAUUUCGUCUUGUUGAUGUGAAGUGCUGUAUGAUAAUUUUGUGAAAUUGAAGAACUAAUCCAAUUUUAGGAUUUAAAUCUAAGCUAAGAUCUAUUUUCAAUUUC